AUGGUCUCCGGGGAUGGUGGCGAAACCAACGAUAGGGUUGGCGAUGGAGACGCAGCCUCGUCAGGCCAUCGCGACGAUCGGAACCGUCACACAGAUAAUCACCGCGAAGAGCUAGCUCAAUCGUCGGCAAUCAGGUCACAGAAUCAGCCGCAAAACCACGGCGGCACAGAGUCCGUGAGCAAAGCUAUCCAACAGUACACUGUCGACGCGAGACUCGACGCCGUCUUCGAGCAGACUGGUGAGUCCGGCAAGUCGUUCGACUACUCUCAGUCCCUCAAAUCGACGACGUAUGGGUCCUCCGUACCGGAGCAGCAGAUCACGGCUUAUCUCUCGCGGAUCCAGCGCGGCGGCUAUAUCCAGCCUUUCGGCUGCUUAAUCGUCAUCGACGAUUCAACCUUCACCAUCAUCGGCUACAGUGAAAAUGCUCGGGAAAUGCUAGGGUUCAUGUCCCAAUCUGUCCCAAGCAUCGAGGAGAAUUCAGAAUUUCUAGCGAUUGGCACGGACUUGCGCUCCCUCUUCAGGCCAUCGAGCAUCGUUCUCCUCGAACGCGCGUUCGUAGCGAGAGAAAUCACGCUCUUAAAUCCGCUUUGGAUUCACUCUAAGAAUACUAGCAAACCUUUUUAUGCGAUUCUCCACAGAGUCGAUGUAGGAAUCGUGAUCGAUUUAGAGCCAGCUAGAACCGAAGACCCGGCUCUUUCAAUCGCCGGUGCGGUCCAAUCCCAGAAACUCGCAGUCCGAGCGAUUUCUCAUUUACAGUCGUUGCCCGGCGGCGACAUCAAGCUUCUCUGUGACACGGUUGUGGAAAGCGUCAGAGAUCUCACUGGAUACGACCGCGUUAUGGUGUACAAGUUUCAUGAAGACGAACACGGCGAGGUCAUCGCUGAGAGUAAACGGGACGAUUUAGAUCCCUACAUAGGUCUGCAUUAUCCCGCUACUGAUAUUCCUCAGGCAUCUCGGUUCUUGUUCAAGCAGAACCGAGUUAGGAUGAUCGUAGAUUGCCACACGUCGCCGGUCCGUGUGGUCCAAGACGAUAGGCUCACGCAGUCUAUAUGCUUGGUGGGUUCGACUCUACGAGCUCCUCAUCGCUGUCACGCUCAGUACAUGGCUAACAUGGGCUCUAUUGCGUCGUUGGCCAUGGCUAUUAUAAUCAACGGGAACGAAGAAGACGGGAAUGGUGGAGGAAGAAACUCGAUGAGGCUUUGGGGUUUAGUCGUUUGCCAUCACACAUCGGCUCGUUGCAUACCUUUUCCUCUGAGGUACGCUUGCGAGUUUCUAAUGCAAGCUUUCGGUUUACAGCUAAACAUGGAGUUGCAGUUAGCAAUGCAGGUUUCUGAAAAACGAGUCCUGAGGAUGCAGACUCUGUUGUGCGAUAUGCUUCUGCGUGAUUCCCCUGCCGGGAUCGUCACGCAGAGCCCUAGUAUCAUGGAUUUAGUGAAAUGCAACGGCGCGGCUUUUCUUUACCAAGGGAAGUAUUAUCCGUUGGGCGUGGCUCCAAGUGAGGCUCAGAUAACUGACAUUGUGGAGUGGUUGCUUGCUAACCAUUCUGAUUCGACUGGUUUAAGCACGGAUAGUUUAGGCGAUGCGGGAUAUCCUCGUGCAGCUGCUUUAGGGGAUGCUGUGUGCGGUAUGGCGGUGGCUUGUAUCACAAAAAGGGACUUCCUUUUCUGGUUUCGGUCUCACACGGAGAAAGAAAUCAAAUGGGGAGGAGCUAAGCACCAUCCUGAGGAUAAAGAUGAUGGCCAGAGGAUGCACCCACGUUCUUCUUUCAAGGCUUUUCUCGAAGUUGUUAAGAGUCGAUGUCAGCCAUGGGAAACUGCUGAAAUGGAUGCGAUUCACUCGCUGCAGCUUAUUCUAAGAGACUCUUUCAAAGAGUCCGAGGCGAUGGACUUUAAAGCCAAUGCAGCUGGGUUUGUUCAGGCACAAGGAGAUAAUAUGACAGAGCAAGGGAUGCAAGAGAUAGGUGCAUUUGCGAGAGAGAUGGUUAGGCUCAUUGAGACAGCGACGGUCCCUAUAUUUGCUGUGGACAUCGACGGCUGCAUCAAUGGGUGGAACGCCAAGAUUGCAGAGCUGACUGGUCUUUCCGCUGAAGAAGCUAUGGGAAAGUCUCUGGUUCGUGACUUGAUAUACAAAGAAUACGAAGAACCCAUUGAUAGGCUUCUUUCUCGUGCUCUCAAAGGGGACGAAGCCAAGAAUGUGGAGGUGAAGCUGAAAACUUUCGACACCGAGCUGCAAGGGAAAGCAGUAUUUGUGGUUGUCAACGCAUGCUCGAGCAAGGACUACUUAAACAACAUUGUUGGGGUCAGCUUUCUGGGUCAAGACGUAACCAGUCAGAAAAUUGUUAUGGACAAGUUCAUCAACCUACAAGGCGACUACAAGGCCAUCAUCCAUAGCCCGAACCCGCUGAUCCCUCCAAUCUUCGCGGCGGAUGAGAACACCUGUUGCGUGGAAUGGAACACCGCAAUGGAAAAACUCACAGGCUGGCCUCGCAGCGAAGUGAUCGGUAAAUUGCUUGUUAGGGAAGUGUUUGGGAGCGGUUGCAGGCUAAAAGGUCCUGAUGCGUUGACUAAGUUCAUGAUCGUUUUGCAUAAUGCGAUUGGUGGCCAAGACGCGGAUAAGUUCCCUUUCCCGUUCUUCGACCGCGGAGGAAAAUUCAUUCAGGCUCUCCUGACUUUGAACAAACGUGUCAGCCCAAAUGGUCAGGUCAUUGGGGCGUUCUGUUUCUUGCAGAUACCGAGUCCCGAGCUGCAACAAGCUCUAGAGAUCCAGCGGAAGCAGGAGAGUGAGUGCUUCUCGAGAGGGAAAGAGUUGGCUUACAUUUUCCAAGUUAUAAAGAAUCCAUUGAGCGGUCUCCGUUUCACACAUUCAUUACUGGAAGCCACGGAUUUAAACGAGGAUCAGAAGCAGCUUCUUGAAACUAGCGUUUCAUGCGAGAAGCAGAUCUCAAAGAUUGUAAGAAACAUGGACGCCAAAAGCAUUGAAGACGGGUCAUUUGAGUUAGAGAGAACAGAGUUCUUCAUUGGCAGCGUCAUAAACGCAGUGAUAAGCCAAGCCAUGUUGGUGGUGAAAGAGAGAAACCUUGAGCUGGUGCGUAACAUCCCCAUGGAGAUCAAAUCCAUGGCUGUCUAUGGUGACCGGAUAAGGAUCCAACAAGUCCUGGCGGAAUUUCUGGUAAGUAUCGUCCGCUAUGCACCCACCGGAGGCUCGGUGGAACUCCAUCUACACCCGGUUCUGAAACAAAUGGCUGAUGGGUUCUCAGCUAUACGCAUGGAGUUGAGGAUGGCAUGUGCAGGGGAAGGCUUGCCGCCGGAGAAAGUGCAAGACAUGUUCCACAGUAGGCGAUGGAUGAGUCAAGAAGGAUUAGCGCUAAGCGUUUGCAGGAAGAUUCUGAAGCUAAUGGACGGUGAGGUUCAGUACAUAAGAGAAUCCGAACGCUCUUAUUUCCUAAUCGUUAUCGAACUCCCGGUUCCAUCUUGGUGUGUCGCUAUGAAACAUUUGAUUCCACUGCAGGUGGGUUUUUAA